UGUAUGAUAAUUAUAUUAGUUGAAUUAAUCAUUUUCUUUGUUUAUUGUUUGGAAUUUGGGAGCAAAAUUAUUUUUCCCUAUUUAUCCAUUUUACAAUGUCUAACAUCUUAUAAAGAGAGUUUGUUUGCGACAAACUUUUUUUAUUAUUAUUGUCGGUUUUUGUAAUUCACACAUUUCAUCAUCACUCAUCAUCAUCAUCAUAAUCAUCGGAUUAAGAUACAACACUCGAUUAUUCUACAAUAUAAAUGAUCAAAUAGAUUAAAAUAUGAGUUUUAAUGUUGCAUUUCCAUCAUUAACGAAUCUAAAUUCACAAGUUUUACCGUCGAUUACACACAUUUCAUCUUUAUUGAAAUGUAAAAUACAAUCAUCACCACCAUUAGGUGCGCAAAAACAGAAAAAUAUUGCUAUAACCACAAAUAGCAAUAAAUUAUCUACAAGCUGUGAAUCAAUUUUGGUAACCAAUGAUAAACCGACGUCAACAACAACAACAACAACAAGAGCUUCUGAUGUCAUUGCGAAAAUCAUCGAUGAAAAACAAAUUGAUUUUGUGAUUGAAAAAUUUUUCCAACCAUCAAUCAAUGCAAAAAGUAAUCGAGUUAAAAUUGAUUUCAUAGCCAAUUUACUUUCAUCAUCUUCAUCGAACGAUUCUCAUAAUGGAUUGGAACAUUUAUUGUUACAACCAUAUAGGAUAGUUUACAAUUCAAAAAAAGAUACACUACGCAUAAAUAAUCAUCGAUUCAAAUUGUUCGCUAGCCAGACGGUGGAUAUUCUCAAUAAUGUUGAUUGUAAACAACAACAAAGACGAUAUUUCAAUACAAAAACGCAUUCACAUCGUUAUACAGGAAUUGGCAGCUCACUCAAUCGAAGAUAUUUGGACAAUAGAAAUUCUUUUAAUCUAAAACUUGGCUCAAUAUUCAAAAAAGAUGUACCACUUGAAACGGAAAAGUUAAAAACAUUAUUUAAUGAUGAAAAAUUAACCGAAGAAGAACGACAACGUAUCAAGAUUGCAUUUGCUGAAGGAUAUUCGGCUGCCGAUCCAAAACAUUCACAAUCACGAAAACUUCGUGUUUUCAAUGUAUUCAGAGAUUUAUUGGGCAUAAUCCUCAUAUUGGCUAUACUUGUAUCAUUUAUGGGUGAGACAUUCGGUGGUACGUUUCGUCGAGUAUUGUUUGGUGAUACUAAUGAAGUUUUACAAGAAGAAAUCGAUGUUACAUUCAAUGAUGUUAAAGGUGUCGAUGAAGCUAAGCAAGAAUUACAAGAAAUUGUUGAAUUUCUCAAGAAUCCUGAAAAAUUCUCAUCGCUUGGUGGUAAAUUGCCCAAAGGUGUUUUGUUAGUUGGACCACCAGGUACUGGCAAAACAUUGCUUGCACGUGCAGUUGCUGGUGAAGCUGGUGUUCCAUUUUUUCAUGCUGCAGGUCCAGAAUUUGAUGAGAUACUUGUCGGUCAAGGUGCCAAACGUGUACGAGAUUUGUUUGCAACAGCCAAACAAAAAGCACCGUGUGUCAUUUUUAUUGAUGAAAUAGAUUCUGUUGGCGCCAAACGUACAAAUUCAGUGUUGCAUCCAUACGCUAACCAGACCAUAAAUCAGUUGUUGACCGAAAUGGAUGGAUUUCGACAAAACGAAGGUGUCAUUGUAUUAGGUGCUACAAAUCGUCGUGACGAUCUUGAUAAAGCACUUAUUCGACCUGGUCGCUUCGACGUUGAGAUUCAAGUUUCUUUGCCAGAUUUUGAAGGACGAAAAGAAAUAAUCCAAUUGUAUUUGGGAAAAAUCAAAUAUUCUUCGGAUGUCGAUUUGGACGUACUGGCUCGUGGAACUGUUGGCUUUACCGGUGCUGAUUUGGAGAAUUUAAUCAAUCAAGCUGCAUUGCGAGCAGUUAUCGAUGGUUUGAAUGAUGUGCCCAUGGAAUAUAUUGAAAAUUCUCGCGAUAAAGUUCUGAUGGGUCCAGAAAAGAAGCAUCGAAUUCCAGAUGAAGAAGCAAAUAAAAUAACCGCUUAUCAUGAAGCUGGUCAUGCUCUUGUUUCCUAUUAUACUAAAGAUUCACAUCCAUUACAUAAAGUGACCAUUAUACCUCGAGGUCCAUCGCUUGGUCAUACGGCAUAUAUUCCAGAGAAAGAAUCCUAUCAUGUAACACGAAAUCAAAUGUUGGCCACAAUGGACACAUUAAUGGGUGGUCGUGUGGCUGAAGAACUGAUUUUUGGUCCAGAUCGUAUCACUACAGGUGCAUCUAGUGAUUUGAAAAAGGCAACCAAAAUGGCAACCAGUAUGGUCAAAGAUUUAGGAAUGUCCGAAAAGGUUGGAUUACGUACUUUUGAUGAUGACCAUAAUUCAUUGGUGGUUGUCAAUGAAUUAUCUAAUUUAACAUCUGAACUGAUUGACAAUGAAAUCAAACGAAUUUUACAGGAAUCAUAUGAUCGAGCCAAGAACAUAUUGAAAUCUCAUAGUCAACAACAUGCAAAAUUAGCCGAAGCCCUGUUAAAACAUGAAACAUUGAAUGCAGAGGAAAUUAAACAAUUAUUGGCCAAUUAAAAGUCUCAUCUCUAAUAAUAAUAAUAUUAUUAUAAUAGCAAGGAAAAGGAGCAAUAGAAGAAAAAAAAAACAAAUCACAAUUUUGAUUGAUUUCCUUUAUGUAUGUUGUUUCACAAGUAAUAAAUUGUGUAAAUUGUAUAAUUUUGUGAUAUAAAAAAAAAAUGAAGGGAAGAUGAAAAAUUUUAUGGGCUCCAAUAAUUGAUUGAUGAUGAGGAUAUUUAUAAUAAUAAAAAUGAAAUGAAAUGAAAUAAAAUUUUUAACAAAUUGAUCACAAUUUUUACGUUCUCGUUUGAUUGAUUGUUAGUUUUU